UUGAGAACGGCUUCCUUAGUACCAUCAGCGAAGGCUAUCACGAUUUCAGGUCGUCGGUUGGUGCUGCCGUUCUUUGCCUGGUCCCAUUUUUCGUUCAAGUCUCCUGAAUCGGUUUUGUGUGCGGUAUGUUUGAAGUCAAAUAUUCAUGCAUUGAAGAAUCGGCGUGGCGUGGCAAUUCGUAUGAUUGACCCUUUUGCCAUAGGCAUGUUGUAGACGAUAUGAUGCCUUCUGGUAGGCACAAUUAAUGACACACCAUGCUCCGCAUGUGCACCGACCACGGACUGUUAGGAUGGAUCCCCCCUUUUUUUCAGUCCCCUAAGUGUUCCGCUAGAGAGCGAGUAGCAUUUCACUAAAGUCACAAUGCGAUUUUGGAACGCCGUGAUCCCACUCGCUCUACUCCCCAUUGUCGCAGCUGAUUUCCACGCUCUCCUGAUCGGUUGUGCUCAUCCUAACUACCCUCCCGAAGCGCGCACACCAUAUUGGACCUUGUACCCGUCGGACAAAGAUUCCGACAUUUGCGCAGCAACCUCCACGCCCCAGGCACGGCACGUUUCACUCGGGGCAAAAAUUAACGUUGCAAUUUGCGGAGGUAACAUCACGGUUUCCUAUCAGCUUGGCGUAUGGUCCAGCACGGACGGACGAAACGGAAUAUGCUCCCCUGUUAAUUAUGGUGGCGGCAUUGGGCAGAUGACGUCGUGCGUGAAUGGUCAGGAGGUGUGCCUGGUUUUUGAUACGCACUAUUGCACGUCCGAUUUCUGUAACGGAGGUGAUGGAAGCGGCUAGCAGUGAACAAAGUAGAAAUGCCCGACAUCUGCUUGUCUUCGGAAAGUAUGUUUGAAAGAAAUGAGCAUCUCAAUCUUCA